CUGGCUGACAGUGAUGUAGAUGUACAGGUACAAAUGUUUGUGAGCAAACCAUCUGCUGCUACUGCUGUUUCUCAACGGAAGCCGCACUGAAUUUUCUUGGUCAUGCUUCGGGGAGAAUGUACCACCUUAACUGACCAAAAUUAAAAAGCCCAUGCAGGAAAACUGAAAACAGGAGGGAAAUCAAAGGCAGAACAUCACAACCAUUCAAACAUCAAUUCCAUAUCAUGUCUGCCCUCCUGUGAUGCGGGCAUUUCUGGCAAAAUCAGCAUUGAUUGUCCAUCCAUAACAGUGCUUUGGGAAGAUGGUGCUGAGCCACCUUCUUGGCAACUGACCCUGACCAUUAAAAGAGGCCAGUUUAAAGUGAAGAAGAUUGCUGUAAGUCUGAUGCACAAAGAGGCAGAUCAAACAUAGGAACUUGUGGACAACGUAUUUGAAAGCUAUUUUCUUUGGAGCACCUCAUUAUUAGAUGUAGCAGAAGUUCUUACACCAACUUCAACAUUGAUCAAUAACAGAGUAAACAGACAUUUCAUAGAUGACUUUCCCUAAUAUACAGUGUACCAUUGACUACAGGUGUGACUAUUGAUUCAAGAUGUCAAGGAAAAACACAGAAACCAAACAAAUGCAACAAAAGAAUUAAUCACCGGCAUCAUUCCAGCACAUCACGGAGAUGAACCUCUGUUGGAGUGAGAUUAAGAAGAAAUCCCAAAAUAUUAGGGCUCGGCUGGAGGCACUCUCUGAUCACAGUGGCAAGCUGCAGCUGUCUUUGCAGCAGAUCAUUGACUGGCUGACCCUGAAGGACGAGGAACUGUCUGAGCAGCUUCCCUUCACAGGAGAUAUUGGCGCAGUGCAACAGUACAAUGAGUUUCACUCGGCUUUCAUGGAAGAUGUAAAGACGAAGGGACCCUUCAUAUUGGCAACUUUGGAGUCAGCUCAAGCAUUUCUAUCCCAGCAUCCUCUCGAAGAGGCAGAAGAACCAGCACAAGACAGAGAUAUGUCACCAAAGCAGAAAAUCCAGAAUGUGAGCCGGUUCAUUUGGAAGCAGGCUAAUGUAUCAAGUGAAAUGUGGGAGAAGCUGAGCGCUCGCUGUAUUGACCGACACAGGCACAUUGAGAGAACGAUGGAGAGACUUCUGGAGCUCCAAGGUACGAUGGAUGAGCUUAAUCUUGCCCUGGACCAAGCUGAGGCUGUUCGAGAUUCCUGGGAACCUGUGGGAGAUCUCUUCAUUGACUCACUGCAGGAACAUAUUGAGACAACUAAGGUAUUUAAAGAGGAACUCGGAGCAGUAAAAGAUGGCAUGAAAAUUGCCAAUGACUUGGCUCACCAACUUGCAAUCUCAGAUGUACAUCUUUCCACAGAAAAUGCACAGCGACUAGAGGAACUGACAUCAAGGUGGCAGGCUUUACAGACUUCCAUAAAUGAACGCCUCAAGCAGCUUCAAGAUGCUCACCGUGACUUUGGCCCAGGGUCCCAGCAUUUUUUAUCAACUUCUGUCCAGGUUCCCUGGGAGAGGGCCAUCUCACCAAACAAAGUGCCAUAUUACAUCAAUCACCAGGGCCAGACCACAUGCUGGGAUCACCCAAAGAUGACUGAAUUGUACCAGUCACUUGCUUCCCUGAAUAACAUCAAAUUCUCAGCUUACCGAACCGCCAUGAAGCUGAGGCGUGUGCAGAAGGCACUCCGCUUGGAUCUGUUGAGCAUGUCCAGUGCCUCCAAUAUCUUCACUCAGUACAAGCUACAGCAAAGUGACCAGACAAUCGAUGUUCUGGAAAUCAUCCAGUGCCUCACCACCAUGUAUGAUCACCUUGAGCAGGAGCGUGGGAUCAUCAUUAAUGUGCCUCUCUCUGUGGACAUGUGUCUUAACUGGCUUCUCAAUGUCUAUGACACUGGUCGCAAUGGCAAGAUUCGAGUUCUGUCCUUCAAGACUGGAAUUAUCACUUUGUGCAAUGCAGAGGUCGAGGAAAAAUAUCAAUACUUGUACAAACAAGUGAGUGACUCAGCGAGCCUGUGCAAUCAGCGCCACCUCAGCCUUCUCCUACAUGAAGCCAUUCAGAUCCCACGCCAGCUCGGCGAGGUGGCAGCGUUUGGAGGAAGCAACGUGGAACCCAGUGUCAGGAGCUGCUUUCGGUUUGUUAAAGAUAAACCAGCCAUUGAAGCCACACACUUCCUGGAAUGGAUGAAAUUGGAGCCCCAGUCAAUGGUCUGGUUGCCUGUACUACAUCGUUUAAUAACUUCAGAAGCUGCAAAACACCAAGCCAAAUGUCACAUCUGCAAGCAAUGCCCAAUUAAAGGAUUUAGAUACCGCAGUUUGAAGCAGUUUAAUGUUGACAUCUGCCAAACAUGUUUCUUGACAGGAAGGGCAAACAAAGGUCACAAACUACAUUACCCCAUCAUGGAAUACUGUGCCCCUACUACAUCAGGAGAAAAUGUGCGGGACUUUGCCAAGACACUGAAAAACAAGUUCCGAACCAAACAGUAUUUUAGUAAACAUCCACAAAGAGGAUACCUACCUGUCCAGUCAGUGAUGGAGGGUGACAGCAUUGACACACCUGCCUCUUCCCCAAUGUUACCACAUGCAGAUACACACUCCAGGAUUGAACACUAUGCUAGCAGGCUUGCAGAAAUGGAAAGUAAGAAUUGUUCUUUCUUCAGUGGCAGCCUCUCACCUGAUGAAAGUGUAGAUGAUGAGCAGUUGGUGGUUCAGUAUUUCUGCCCAGGGACAGAUCGAGAUUCUCUUCAAAAUCCAACCCAGAAUCCAAACCAGCUCUUGAGUACACUGGACACUGAAGAGAAGACUGAGCUGGAGGCCAUUAUUGGACAUCUUGAGCAUGAGAAUAGGAUCUUGCAGGAAGAGUACAGACGAUUGAAAUGGCAACAUGAAGAGGCAGCAAUAUCCUCCUCUGUGAAAGAGGGAUCCCCGAGCUCGCCUCUCAGCCCCAGAGACACAGAGCUUCUUGCUGAGGCCCGCUUACUCCGACAGCACAAGACCCGGCUGGAGACCAGGAUGCAGAUCUUGGAAGACCAUAACAAACAGCUUGAAUCACAGCUCAAGAGGCUCCGGGAACUAUUACUGCAGCCGCAGCAAGACUCUGAGAAAAAUGGAUCGACAGCCUCUUCUGCUUCCCCAUCUUCCCAUCAUUCUGACAGCAACCAGCAAGAAAAACAUGAUAGAAGCAGCCCAGACUCUGAGAAAGCAGACGUAUCAGAGAGUGCUGGUAUGUCCCAAGAUAUGGUGCUGCACUUAGAGGAUGUAAUGGAACAACUUAGAAACUCAUUUCCUUCAUCACCCAGAGGUGAACCUUCUUAUAACUUUGGAAAGGCACAAGAGUGAUGGAUGACAUCUGAAUUGGUCCCCUUGCUGGAACCAGCUCACCCUCAUUGAUGCCCAGGCAUAAAAGCAUAACCUAGUACAGUGUUAGGUUCUGUGUGUGCAUAAAGGAGAUACUGAGAAUUUGGGUUCAGUGGGACCUCAGUUAUUCAGUGACCUUUGGGACUCCACUGUUCAACAUUUAGUUAACCAUUGCAGCAAGAGCAUCCAAAUUUGAAGCAACCAAAGCAGAGAAACAUGUUUCCUUCAAUUAGCUGAGUCUCCAAUAAGCUACUUACAGUCUGAAUAUAAAUGUGCUUUCAUGAUAAAUAUUGCUGUUCAGAUAAUGUUUCAUAAACAAAAGUCAGAAAUCGUUGAGCUGAAGUACUUUGAAGAAAGUUAGGGGGCAAGAGGAUAGGAGUGUUGACAUGGGUAAUUGGCAGCCUUACAUCCACAAGGGAUGAUGGAAAUAUAGUCCCAGAACUUUGGGUGAGGACAGAUAAGUUGCAUUUCUUUUGAAGACUGAACAUACUCACUCUGGAAAGACAGCGUUUGCUACAAGUGCCAUGCAUAAAGUUGCACCUUACUGGUGGUAUGGAAUGAUCUCUGUUAAUAACUUGCUUGCAGGACUGGAAAAUGCUUGAGCUUCAUAAACCACAUAUUGUCACGCUUGUGAACGUCUGCCAGUUGUCACCAUUUGUAUCAAUAGUUAUAAUUUCCAACUUGACAUAACAAGAGUUGAGGACUCUUUUAACAGCAUCUUUGAUUUGGAGCCUUGGAUGACCUGCAGGUCUCUUGGCAUAAGCUACCUCCCUGUAUAGUAUAUCCUAGGGGAUGUGACCAAGCCACUGAAGCCUUCUUUGCUUGAUUUAGAGCUACCAUGCAUGGUAUGUUUGCCCCAGGAAGAGUUGCUUCGUUGGUGACUUUGUCUUUCUGUGUGAAUGUCAAGAAUGUGUUGUAGACGCCAGAGUUGGAAGUUAUUGAGCCUUUGUCGCUUGGUGAGUGUAAGUUAUCCAGGUUUUGCUGACAUACAACAAUGAGCAGAGCAUACAGACCUUGUACAUAUUUAUCUUGGUUCUGGAGUCAAUUUGUUGUUUUGUCAUGCCUGUUUCGUUUCUUGGCCAAAGUUGAUGGUUGCAUUGUCAAUGCAUGUGUUAAACUCCUCAUUAAAAUACAGGCUGUCUCUUGCAGUAAAUCAAAGGUAGUAGAAUUUGUUGACUUCUUCCAUUAGUGUAUUUUUGAGUCUGAUGUGAGUGAUUAGUAUGUGUGUUGAAAUGGGCAAAUUAGGUGCCAUUGUCCAGAAAUUGUGAUUUACGAUUUGCUGUAUGAGCAACAAAUUAUCAUAGUUUCCAUAUUGGAGUUUGAAAUUGCUGUUUCCUAGUGUUUAUGGAAUUCAAGUUUAUUCGAGAAACUUUCUAAUUUGCUAUAUACAGUUUGAGAUUUGAUUGAAAAAUGCCAUAGUUUUAUAGAUGUGUUGUACGGCUAAAAGAAGUGUAUAGCAGCAGAAGUUUAAUACCUACUGCAUGACAUUCACUUUGUGGAGCUCUUUCUAUUUUAAGCAACAUGUGAAUGAUUGAGGUAGAUUCUAGGUCAAAAGUAGGUUGAUCAAGGUGAAAUUUCAUAUUGGGUGAAUUUAUAAAAAUCAGCAUGCAUCAAAUUAUAAAGAAUACAUAUAAUGUGCCCAUUCCACCAAAUUCACAUCAUUCAUUUAUGAGAACUGCUUUUCAAAGGAUAAAAUCAGGGACAAACCAAAAAUAUUUAACACCUACACAUGAAAAUGGCUCUCAUAGUAUAUUGCAGAAUCCUAGUCAUUCAAUUGAUGAACUUUUUUUUAAUUCAUUCACGGGCUGAGGUCAUCACUGUCUAGGCUAGCAAUUGUUGCCUUCCCUAACUGCCCAGAGGGCAUUUAAGAGUCAACUACAUUGCAGUAGGACUGGAGUCACAUGUAGGCUAAAGUGCAUUGGAAAGGGCAUUUCUGAAAGGAACUUUUGUACCUAGUCAGAAAGAAUAGAUAUUCUUAAUAUUCAGGAAUUAAGUAUUGCUUUAAACAUUGAAGAUUAGAAUGUGUCUUCGGGGUUUUGCAAGAUUGAAGAUUAGAAAGUGUUUUCCAAAAUGUUGUGUAUCAGAAAAUUGCAAGAUACCUUUAUAAUGGGUAGGAUACUGAUUAGAUUAGAGAGUGCUCUUGAAAGUUCGCAACAUAGAAACCUGUACUUUUAGGCACUUAAGAAAUGAAAUUAGAGGUUUCUUGCUGCUGUUUGUAAAAUUGAACACAAGAAUGUGUAAUGUGUUGUGAAACUGAAGGUUAGUAGGAAUGUUGGAUGAAAAGGUACGAAGUAGUAGUGACGUUCUGUGAGGUGAAGACUAACAGGUACUUUAGGGCUAUUGUAGGGCAGAGAAUAAGUUAGUGUCUUUGAAAUGAGUGACAGAAGAUUAACAGAUGUCAAUGGUAUUCUAAAACUAACACUUAGAAAUUGUCUUUCAGAUGUUGCAAACUGCAAAGUUGAUGGACACAAACUAGGUAAUACCUUUGGAAUGUGAGACAUUCAGAAGACAUCAUUAUGAAAAUGAAAGCUUGACGAUGUUUUUAGAAUGUGGUACUGGAAUCGUGAAAAUGGGAAUCAGAAUAUGUCUUUAGUACAUUGCAAAACAACACUGAAAUAUAUUGUUGCGAUAGUUGUGAAAUUGAAUAUUAGAAAAUUUCUUUGCAAUUUCAUGGAACAGAAGGUCACAACAGAGACUACAAAUUGAAGGUUUCAUUUUUAUGGAAUGUUACACAGUUGAAAAUUGGUGGUUAUCGACGUGGUAUGUUGUGGCACAUCAAUGAUUGGAAGGUGAUUAAGCAUGGAUGAAACAUGCAAGAUUCUUGGGGGACUUGGACAGGGUAGACAUGGCAAGGUUGGUUCUCCUUGUGGCAGAAACUUGGGAAAGCGGGUAUAACUGAGAAUGAGUUGUCACACUUUUAAAACAAGGAGGGGGAGAAAUUUGUUCUCGCAGAGGGCAGGGAAUUCAUAGAAUGCUUAAUUGCAAAGGAUUGUAGUGGUUGGAUCAUUAAAUAUAUCCAGAGCUGAGAUAGAUUUUUAAUCAGUAAAGAAACCAAAGGUUGUAGGGAAAACGCAGGAAAGUGGAGUUGAUAAUGAUCAGAUUGGCCACAAUAUCAAUGAAUUGCAGAGCAGAUGUAGUGAACUGAUUGGCCUAUUUCUGCUCCUUCAUCUUACAGGACAUCUUAUGGUUUUAUGGACAACAGAUUGAGGAUGAGAUGGUGCACCUAGAAUGUCGCAAGAUGAAAAUUAGCAAGUGCAGUUAGACUUUGACGAGACUGAAAAUUAAAAAGUGUCUUUGCUAGCUAUGAAACUAAGGAUUAAGAGGAUUAAGAAGACAAAGGGUGGCAGGGUGGCACAGUGGCUCAGUGGUUAGCACUGCUGCCUCACAGCACUAGCAACCUGGGUUCAAUUCCAAUUUUGGGCGACUGUCUGUGUGAAGUUCACAUAUUCUCCCAUGUCUGCGUGGCUUUCCCCAAGGUGCUGUGGUUUCCUCCCCUGGUCCAAAG